AUGACAGCUUCUGGGACGCUGGGAUCUUUGGUCGAGCACCUGAUCUUACCACGCGAGGAACUCUUAUCGGCACAAGACUGUGAUGAUGCACUCAACACAAUCGUGGGAGAGGGUAAGUGUUUCAGCCAGAAAUUGAUACCGGUAAAUGGAUAUGUGGAGGCUCGCGCGCAUACCACGCAAUAUCUGGAAAACUAUCGCGGCAGUUAUAAUGCUGUCGUGUCGCCUUUCAAAACGCGUAGCAAGUGGCUGAAACUUAUACUGGAAGAAGAAGGUCCCUUGCACCGCACAGCUAUAAAAACAGCUUUGUUCGAUGGUCUCAACCGAUAUCUUCAAAGCCUCCUACCUUAUCCCAAUGCGUGGGUAUGGGAGGGAGACGAUAGAGGGCUGGAGAUUGCAGCCAUCAACCUCGGAGCUAUUACUGCGCCUAUACGCGGAAGUGGCGGGGUGCGUUUGACCGACCCAACAGAGCUAUGGGCUAUGCGAUACCUCGAUUCCGGAUGCUUAUACUGCGCCGACUUAAUUUUCGGUCAGCUGUACAUGUGCGACAGUACACUCACCCCGGAUCGGAUUGCCAUUGCGCUACGCGCAUCAUUUAUUUUCAAUGACUUGCAAGACGUGGUCAGUGAUCUCAUUCACGGGGAGCCGGGCAACAUAUUUUGGUUACUCGCUGCCAACUGCACACCUGUGACGGCUUCCGAUGUUCUGAGCACUGUGCGUGCUGACUGGUUGUGGCUCAAUCAAGCUCCACAUGAUGUUGUUCGUCGGGCAACGUGUCGGAUGUGGUUGAUCGGGGCGGCUCAUGCCUUGUGUAACAGGCGUUAUCGAGGAUAUCGAUAUUCACAACAACUUCCCCAACCAAGUCGAGAUGGUUGCAGCGAUAGUCCAUCGCGGCGACGAUUAUGGAACUGGGCGAUCGAUUCAACGAAUCCAGACGAGACUAACGAGAAAACUACAUUUAAGGAAUCACUGGCUGAGUGGUUGCCAGAGGUGAAGGUACUCGAUGAUGUGCGUCGCGCCGCUAUGAGUGACGCUGAGUUAGAAAAGAUUUAUCGGCAUGCGAGUGAUCCGAUUGCGGGUCCGAUAGAAGAGAUACUUGCUGGAAUAAUUUGGGUGCUCGACGUUGAGGGGCAUGCGUAUGAUCGACUCGCCUUCGAAGCCGACCAUUGCAUGUCUGCCUUGACGAAAGUCAGCAUUGCUUCUGUUGAGGUUUAG